ACAAUAUUAUUCAACUAGACCCUCUUCACAGACUGCUGCAGAUAACUGAAUUGUGAAGGUCUUCUGUGAGGUUGAUACAUUGAUGAAUUCCAGGAUGACCAUCCGUGUGAUUGUGUUUCUAACACUUACUGGACUGUGCGUCGCUGAUUCCAAAGGGAAUCUUGCUCUUGGAGCCACAGCUGUCCAGUCUUCCACAGCUGCUCAAGAAGUUGCUCAACAUGCUGUCGAUGGGAACAGGAAUCCACUUGCCAGUGCUGGGUCAUGCAGUCAUACUAAUGCGGACAAGGACCCCUGGUGGAGAGUUGACUUGUUGGAUGUCUACAAGAUAACCAGGGUUAGCAUCACUAAUCGUGGAGAUUGUUGUGCAGAGAGAAUAAAUGGUGCUCAGAUCCGUAUCGGCAACAGCCUGGAAAAUAAUGGCAACAAUAAUGAGCUGGCUGCGACUGUUGAGUCCAUCCCACUUGGAGACACAAAAACAUUUGAGUUUAACCCUAUUACAGGGCGAUAUGUCAACAUUAUUAUACCUGGGCGCAAUGAAUAUCUCACACUGUGUGAAGUCGAGGUGUUUGCAGAAAACUACACACCAUCAUACACUUGUGUUCUAAUCCAAAGGAAUCUUGCUAUUGGAGCCACAGCUGUCCAGUCUUCCACAGCUGCUCAAGAAGUUGCUCAACAUGCUGUCGAUGGGAACAGGAAUCCACUUGCCAGUGCUGGGUCAUGCAGUCAUACUAAUGUGGACAAGGACCCCUGGUGGAGAGUUGACUUGCUGGAUGUCUACAGGAUAACCAGGGUUAGCAUCACUAAUCGUGGAGAUUGUUGUGCAGAGAGAAUAAAUGGUGCUCAGAUCCGUAUCGGCAACAGCCUGGAAAAUAAUGGCAACAAUAAUGAGCUGGCUGCGACUGUUGAGUCCAUCCCACUUGGAGACACAAAAACAUUUGAGUUUAACCCUAUUACAGGGCGAUAUGUCAACAUUAUUAUACCUGGGCGCAAUGAAUAUCUCACACUGUGUGAAGUCGAGGUGUUUGCAGAAAACUACACACCAUCAUACACUUGUGUUCUAAUCCAAAGGAAUCUUGCUAUUGGAGCCACAGCUGUCCAGUCUUCCACAGCUGCUCAAGAAGUUGCUCAACAUGCUGUCGAUGGGAACAGGAAUCCACUUGCCAGUGCUGGGUCAUGCAGUCAUACUAAUGUGGACAAGGACCCCUGGUGGAGAGUUGACUUGUUGGAUGUCUACAGGAUAACCAGGGUUAGCAUCACUAAUCGUGGAGAUUGUUGUGCAGAGAGAAUAAAUGGUGCUCAGAUCCGUAUCGGCAACAGCCUGGAAAAUAAUGGCAACAAUAAUCAGCUGGCUGCAACUGUUGUGUCCAUCCCACUUGGAGAGACACAAACAUUUGAGUUUAAGCCUAUUAAUGGGCGAUUUGUCAACAUUUUUAUUCCUGGGCGCAAUGAAUAUCUCACACUGUGUGAGGUUGAGGUGUUUGCAGAUUAAGUGGAAUGAGAUGAUGUUACACCACAGUCCACUGAUCCUAUAAG